GAUUCUGGAACUGGGCAAGGUCCGUUUCUGCCGCGGUUAAAUGAAAUAUCGCGUCCACAGCCGCGCGAAAAUGGACAACGUGGCGGCAACCGCCGAGUGCGCGGAUGCGAUGACACUGAAUUUCGGCCCAUUUGAAACGGUGCAUCGAUGGCAACGCAUGCCGGAGUGCGCCGAGUUCGUUGGCGCCAGUCGCAGCAAACACACUAUGGUGGCGUACAACGAUGAUAUUUACGUUUUUGGUGGUGAUAAUGGUAAGAAGAUGCUGAAUGAUGUACUUCGCUUUGACGUGAAAGAGAAGUCCUGGGGUAGAGCAUUAGCUACUGGCGUAUUACCUACAUCACGUUACCACCACUCUGCAGUCAUCCAUGGCUCAUCGAUGUUUGUAUUCGGUGGUUAUACAGGGGAUAUACACUCUAAUUCCAAUCUUAGUAAUAAAAAUGAUCUGUUCGAGUAUUGCUUUCUGACUGGUCACUGGACACCAUGGAGAUUUGAUGGAAAGGCUCCAGUACCUAGGUCUGCUCAUGGUGCUGCUGUAUAUGAUAAUAAAUUAUGGAUAUUUGCGGGCUAUGAUGGCAAUGCUAGGUUGCAUGAUAUGUGGACGAUAUCAUUAUUGCCUGGUGAAAACAAAGCGUGGGAGGAGGUCGUACAAGUUGGUGAACGUCCACCGACAUGUUGUAAUUUCGCCGUCACAGUGGCUCGAGAAUCGAUGUUCGUUUUCAGUGGUCAGAGCGGAGCUAGAACAACUAAUAGUCUCUUCCAGUUUCACUUUAAGGAGAAACGGUGGACGCGCAUAUCGACGGAGCAUAUAUUGCGUGGCGCACCACCACCGCCCGCAAGACGAUACGGUCAUACGAUGGUCAGUUUUGAUCGUCAUCUUUACGUUUUUGGCGGUACGGCUGACUCAGCUCUGUCCAAUGAGCUCCAUUGUUAUGACCUUGAUACGCAAACGUGGAACGUUAUUUCACCGUCCACAGACAGUGAGGUACCAUCUGGUCGACUUUUCCAUGCCGCUGCUGUGAUCGGAGAUGCGAUGUUCAUUUUUGGAGGAACCGUGGACAACAAUAUACGCUCUGCAGAGAUGUACCGCUUCCAAUUCUCGUCUUAUCCUAAAUGUACAUUACACGAUGAUUUCGGUAGGCUACUAAAUUUGAGCCUCUUCUGUGACGUGGAAUUCAUAGUGGGCGAGCUGGAAACCAAGAUACCGGCGCAUAUAGCCAUGGUGGCGGCGCGUUCGCAAUUUCUUCGGACGCUCAUUCGUCAAGCGCGCAACAAACGAGACAAGCAAAAACUCAUUGAUGUGCCCACUAACGUAUCGUCACUACUGGAGGUGAGAUUAAAAGAUGCUGUACCAGAAGCUUUCAAAAUGGUGCUGAACUAUAUUUAUACCGAUCGUAUCGAUCCUAAAAGACUAGAUGACAGGAUUGAGGACCCACAGAGUAAUCGUAUUGUACUUCUUAUGAUAGACGUCUAUCGUCUCGCCGAGCAAUUCCAUAUGAAACGCUUAGAACAGUUGUGCAUUAAUUACCUUGAAGCAACCAUAAGCCACACGAAUGUCUUGGAAGCGUUGUGCAACGCCGUACACUUGAAAUUGUAUUUUAUAAAGGACUUUUGUCUCAGCUUUGUUGUGAAGGAUAAUAAUUACGGUCUAAUCGUGAUGAGUCAGGAGUUCGAGACUUUGGAUCAGCCGUUGAUGGUAGAGAUCGUCAGGCGAAGGGAGUUAUCGCAAACUAAAACCAUUACAAAGUAUGAAUCUGUCAUUGGAACUAAUCUAGAGCAAGACAUGGAAGCAUUUUUAAAGAGUUUCGGUCAGGAAUUUUGUGAUAUCACAUUGGAGUUGGACGGUAUGUCGAUACCGGCGCACAAAGCUAUUCUUGCGGCAAGAUGCGGCUACUUUGAAGGACUGUUUCGAUCCACGCCAGGAAAUAAUAAGGCAAACGUACAAAUUGGCGAAGCGAUACCGCCGUUCGAAUCAUUUUACUCUUUACUGAAGUAUAUUUAUUACGCGAAUGUCUCAAUGCCUCCUGAGGAUUCUCUAUAUUUGUUUGCUGCAUCAGAAUACUACAGUUUUACGAACAAUCGACUCAAGGUGUUUUGCAAACAAAAUCUCGAAAUGAAUGUUACUUUCGAGAAUGUUAUACCGGUUUUAGAGGCAGCCGAGAAAACGCACAAUAUCGAUAUGAAAAAAUAUGCCCUCAAUCUGAUAGUUCAUCACUUUAGCAAGGUUGCCAGGCUUCCAAAAUUAAGAGAAUUAAGUCGCGAGCUUUUACUAGAUAUUCUCGAUGCUUUAGCUGAUGAUCGCAGCGAAGCUAGAACAUGUCAAGAUAUGACUACUGAUUGCUGACGGAUUUUUAUCUCAGAUCGUCGUCCAUGUAGCUGGGAUUUACCAUCACCGUGCAGUUUCCAAGAAUUAUGCCGGGUAAAUUUCAUCCUCAUAGGACGAACGGUUCUGUUUGUUGGUAACUGUUUUGAUCACACAGCUAAAUCUUGUCUGACAUCGGACGUACAAACCCUGCUACCAUUGUCGACGAUUCAGGAUGAGUCGUCAUUACCAUCGUCAUCCUCAUCGUCGUCA